AUGUUAUCUGAAGCUACCGUUUAUCUUUCAAAUAUUGUUAAACGUAACAGAGCAGUUGCUGUGAAUCCACCAAAUCCAGAAGUUGAUUUACAUAUCACUGAACAUGGUAGUGAUUGGUUAUGGUCUGCUUUCUCGGUGUUUUCUUUAAUUGCUGUUGUUCAUGUUUUCAUUUAUGCUUUUACUAGUGUUAGAAAAUCUGGUAUUAAAAAAUCCUUGAUGAUUAUUCCAGUAUUUUUAAAUACUGUAUUUGCAUUUGCUUACUAUACUUAUGCAUCUAAUCUUGGUUAUACUUGGAUUGAAACUGAAUUCCAACAUGCGGGUGAAGGUACUAGACAAAUCUUCUAUUCAAGAUUUGUUGCUUGGUAUUUGGGUUGGCCAUUGGUAUUAUUGAUUUUCCAAGUCAUUUGUAAUACUACAUUCAGUGAUGCUUCAGAUGAUACUAAUUUAUUUAAAAAAUUCCUUAAUUUAUUUGAAGAUUUAUUUACUAGAUUUCUAGCCAUUUCAGUAUUUGUUUUAGGUUUAUUAAUUGGUGCUUUAAUUCGUUCAACUUAUAAAUGGGGUUAUUUUACAUUUUCCGUUGUUUUCCAAUUAUUUGCUAUGUUUUUAGUUGCUCAUGACGUUGUUAAAUCUUUCAGAUCUGCAACUCAUUCAAAAAUUGGUAAUCUUAUUAUCCUUGCUUAUUUCGUAGUUUGGAUUUUAUAUCCUGUUUGUUGGGGUUUAUCUGAAGGUGGUAAUGUUAUUCAACCAGAUUCUGAAGCUGUAUUCUAUGGUAUUUUGGAUUUGAUUACUUUUAGUUUUAUUCCAACUAUCUUAACUUGGAUUGCUAUUAAUAAUGUUGAUGAAGAUUUUUUCACUAAGGUUUGGCAUUUCCAUUUGAGAUCCCAAGGUGGUGGUUCUAAUUAUGACAAUGAAAAGAUCAUCGGUGAAACCCCAAGACAUUCUGGUGAUACUGCCGUUGCCCCAGCUGGUGUUCCUUCUACUGCUGGCCCAAUCCAAGAUGAAGAGCAGGUUUAG